AUGUACAAACAAGGAAACAUCGAGAAAGAAACUGCAGCACUCUCACUCGACAUCCAGGGACACGCCGAAGAACUUAUGCUCGACAUUGCGGACAUCUCAGGACAUGAGAUUAUCUUGGGGAUACCCUGGUUGCGGGUGAGCAAUCCCAGAGUCAAUUGGAGAACCGGCCAUCUCAAGUGGGAUACACCAGAAAGAGACUUAACCUUUGCGCAACGCUCAGAAAAAAAGCCCGCAAGCAAGACUAAAAGGACACUUAGGAUCUUUAUGGUGACCAAGGAGUCCAAGCCGAUACACGAGGCUCGAGAAGGACAACAUCCGAGAUUCUUCCCGAUAUACGGACUCAACAACACACAGCAGAAAGAAUUGCAGAAAUAUAUCGAUAAGAACCUAGCAAGAGGUUACAUCAGACCAUCGACAUCCCCAGCUGGAUACCCAAUACUAUUCGUUCCCAAGAAGAACAGGAAGCUACGACUAUACGUUGACUACCAACAGCUCAACAGUAUCACGACAAAGAAUCAAUACCCCCUACCACUAAUACAAGAACUACGGGAUCGACUACAGAAGGCCAGAUGGUUUACAGCACUGGACCUACCCGACGCCUACAACCUCAUCCGAAUUGCCCAAGGAGAGGAAUGGAAGACAGCAUUCAGAACAUGCUAUGGUCACUACAAAUACUUGGUCAUGCCGUUCGGGCUAACCAACGCACCAGCAAGUUUUCAGACUAUGAUCACAUACGUUCUACGCGAAUUUAUCGACAAAUUCGUGAUAGCCGCCAAGUUACUAGUCAACACCGAGAAAAGCGACUUCCACACGCAACGAGUUGACUUCUUAGGAUUCACCAUCACCCCAGGAGAAGUGCGGAUCCAAGAGUCAAAGAUUUCAGCAGUCAGAGACUGGCCAGUACCAAACAGUGUUGUAGACGUACGAGCAUUUAUAGGAUUUACGAAUUACGUUCGACCUCUCAUCAUAAACUUUGGGAAACACACCGGACCCCUAACGGACCUGACAAAGAACGACCGGAAAUUCAAAUGGACAGCCAAAGAACAGCAGGCUUUCGACACCAUCCGAGAACUCAUACUCAGUGACCCAGUCACAAGACUACCAGACCCUGAGAAGGAAUUCGAAGUCGAGACAGACGUAUCUGACUACGCACUCGGAGGACAGCUUGGCCAGCGUGACGAGAAUGGCAAACUGCACCCUGUAGCGUUCUUUUCCAAAAAGCUAUACGGGCCAGAAUUGAACUACCAAAUCCACGAUAAAGAACUGAUAGCAGUUAUUGAGGCAUUCAAAGAAUGGAAACCAUACCUCAGUGGAACAAAGAAACCAGUCAAGGUCUAUUCAGACCACAAGAACCUGACACACUUCAUAACGACAAAAGAAUUGAAUAAACAACAGACACAAUGGGCGGAGUUCCUAUCGGAAUUCAACUUCCAGAUCAUCUACGUCAAGGGACAGAAAAUACAAGGGCAGACGUCCUUAGCAGACGAAACAGACGAACACGGAAAUCUCACGAUCAAUGCAACACAACGAAUCGAGACCCAAGACAAGUGGACAAUUACACUCAAGAACGCGACAACCACAAACGGGAAGAUAGAGAUUCUGGAACAACACAAGAAGGAAUUUGUACGACAAUUCCAUGAACACCUGACUCACGGACACCAAGGCAUCUUCAAGACAAAGGAACGCCUGAAACGACGAUAUGAAUUCCCAGGACUCACCAAGACGGUGAAGGAAGUCAUCAAGGAAUACAACAUCUGCAACAAGGCCAAGGCAGCACGACACAAACCAUACGGAUUACUCAAACCCACAGAGAUCCCAGAUAGAGCAUGGAAACGGAUUGCUUUCGACUUCAUUGUCAAGCUACCGAAGUCCAAGGAACCGAUGACCAACACAGAGUAUGACAGCAUAUGGGUGAUCACCGAUAGACUCACAAAGUACGGCUACUUCAUUCCAUACAAAGAAUCAAGCACGGCAGAAGAGCUAGCCUACACACUCAUCCGAGUAGUCAUCAGCAAGCAUGGACUACCAGACGACUUUGUGUCCGACAGGGACAAAUUGUUUAUGUCCAAAUUCUGGACGUCUCUCACAAAGCAACUUGGACUCAAGCACAGGCUCUCGACAGCCUAUCAUCCGCAGACGGACGGACGCGUCCAAUCUGACAAACCCACGCAAGCUUCUUGCGAGAUGCAAAGCAAUAGUUAUGGAACAAUGCUGCACGCGUCGUCUAGGUCAGCUGCAGGGGCCUUCUAUUUUUAUCUGCCCGGCAAAUGA